AUGGGUGUUACACUUAAAUAUAAUUCCAGUAUUACGAAGGAGAAAAUCAUCAUUUUAUCUGUGGCUGGACUAGUUCUCAGUAUAUUAGUCCUUGUUGGAGCCGUUUUCUUCAUCCCAGGUGAAUAUUCAACAAAGAGGACCAGUGGACUUGGUUUAAUUGUAGCUUCUACAGUAAUACUAAUAUUACUUCAGAUCUCUAUGUUUAUGAUAGCUCCAGCUAAAAGGAAGCUCCCCAUCAGCAUCAUCUUAUUGUUCGUUCAGGUGCUGGGCCUUUUGAUCUCUGUGGUCGGACUAAGCCUCUGUGUCUCAGAGUGCAUCCCAGUGCAUGGUUCUCUUCUGAUUUCAGGUUUGGGUAUUACAACCUUAGGGGCAUUACUUGGAUUAGUUUAUAUGAUAUUUGUUGACUGGACUGGUUAUAGGCCUUGA